UCAGUCAGACGCUCCGGGAGGCGUGCGCACUACACACCGAGAAACGUGCGACGAAAACCGCCGCGGCCUGCCACCAUUACCGCCUCCUUCGCUGCUGCUCGCGCCCCGACGCCUGCCAAAACCCCACCGCUCCUCCGCCUCUCGGCCUCUCCUCCCACUUCCCACUCCCCCACCACCUCCCAUUCCGGCGGGAACACGACGCCCAAGCCGAGACCCGCACCGCGGAUUGGAGGGCUGCCGCGGAACCCUAGUGUGCCCCGCUGCUCUCCCCUCCCGCGCGGCGGCGCCAUGCAGCGGCUGCUCGCGAGCUCGCUCGUGGCCGCCAUGCCGCGGUGGCUGCCCCUUGCCGACUCCUUCCUCCGGCCUCGCCGCCUGCGCCGCUCCCCUCUCCCCAUGCUGUUAUACAACAGGAGGUCUUGGUCUAAACCAAGGAAGGUCUCACGAGGCAUUUCAAUGGCGUCAAGGAAAGCAAACAAACAGGGGGAAUACUGCGACAAAUACAUGCUGUCACAUAUCCACUGGUGGAAAGAGAAUAUGGAUAGGUGCAGAAAACCAUCAUCCGUGCAAUUGACUCAGAGGCUUGUGUAUUCGAAUAUAUUAGGGUUGGAUCCGACUUUGAGAAAUGGAAGCCUGAAGGAUGGAACCCUGAACAUGGAAAUGUUGCAAUUCAAAUUGAAAUUUCCUCGUGAGGUUCUACUUUGCCGAGUAGGAGAUUUCUAUGAAGCUGUUGGUUUUGAUGCAUGCAUUCUUGUAGAGCAUGCAGGCUUAAAUCCUUAUGGAGGCUUGCGUUCUGACAGUAUUCCAAAAGCUGGGUGUCCAGUCAUGAAUCUGCGGCAAACUUUGGAUGACUUGACUCGAUGUGGUUAUUCUGUGUGCAUAGUUGAGGAAAUCCAAGGCCCAACUCAAGCUCGUGCGCGGAAAGGUCGAUUUAUUUCUGGGCAUGCACAUCCUGGUAGUCCAUAUGUAUUUGGUCUUGCUGAAGUAGACCAUGAUGUAGAAUUCCCUGAUCCAAUGCCUGUAGUUGGGAUUUCACACUCUGCAAAAGGCUAUUGCUUGAUAUCUGUGCUCGAGACAAUGAAAACUUAUUCAGCUGAGGAGGGCCUAACAGAGGAGGCCGUGGUUACUAAGCUUCGCAUAUGUCGUUAUCAUCAUCUAUACCUUCACAGUUCUUUGAGGAAUAAUUCUUCAGGGACAUCACGCUGGGGGGAAUUCGGUGAAGGCGGGCUCUUGUGGGGAGAGUGCAGUGGGAAGUCCUUUGAAUGGUUUGACGGCUCACCUAUCGAGGAGCUUUUAUGCAAGGUACGGGAAAUAUAUGGGCUUGAUGAGAAAACUAAUUUUCGCAAUGUCACCGUUUCGUUGGAAGGCAGGCCUCAACCUCUUUAUCUUGGAACUGCUACUCAAAUUGGAGUCAUUCCAACUGAGGGAAUACCGAGUUUGCUAAAAAUAGUGCUCCCUUCAAAUUGUGGCGGGCUUCCAUCAAUGUAUAUUAGAGAUCUUCUUCUUAAUCCUCCAUCAUUCGAUGUUGCGUCAGCGGUUCAAGAGGCUUGCAGACUUAUGGGCAGCAUAACUUGCUCCAUUCCUGAAUUUACUUGUAUACCACCAGCGAAGCUUGUAAAGCUACUUGAGUCAAAAGAGGCCAAUCACAUUGAAUUUUGUAGAAUAAAAAAUGUCCUCAACGAGAUUAUGCUCAUGAGUAGAAAUGCUGAACUUUCUGCUAUCCUGAACAAAUUGCUGGUACCUGCUUCUGUGGUUACUGGUUUGAAAGUUGAAGCUGAUAUACUUGUGAAUGAAUGUAGCUUUAUUUCACAACGUAUAUCUGAAGUGAUUUCUUUAGGUGUUGAAAGUGAUCAGGCAAUAACUUCAUUCGAAUAUAUUCCCAAGGAGUUCUUUAAUGAUAUGGAGUCAUCUUGGAAGGGGCGUGUGAAAAGGAUCCAUGCUGAAGAAGAGUUUGGGAAUGUUGACAUAGCUGCUGAGGCAUUAUCAACAGCGGUCAUUGAAGAUUUUAUGCCAAUUAUUUCAAGAGUAAAAUCUGUAAUAUCCUCGAAUGGAGUUCCUAAAGGCGAAAUUUGUUAUGCAAAAGAGCAUGAAGCUGUUUGGUUUAAAGGGAAACGGUUCAUACCAAAUGUAUGGGCUAACACAUCUGGUGAGCAACAAAUAAAACAACUGAAGCCUGCAAUUGAUUCAAAAGGCAGAAAGGUUGGGGAGGAAUGGUUUACAACAAUCAAAGUUGAGAAUGCUUUAACCAGGUACCAUGAAGCUUGUGAUAAUGCAAAAAAUAAAGUUCUUGAGCUGUUGAGAGGGCUUUCAAGUGAAUUGCAGGACAAGAUCAACAUCCUUGUCUUCUGCUCAACUUUGCUCAUCAUAGCAAAAGCACUUUUUGGUCAUGUUAGUGAGGCCCGAAGAAGGGGUUGGAUGCUUCCUACUAUAUCUCCCUUAUCAAAGCACUGUGUUGUGGAGGAAAGUUCAAGUGAAAUGGAUUUGCUAGGACUCUUUCCUUACUGGCUUGAUAUUAAUCAAGGGAAUGCAAUACUGAAUGAUGUCCACAUGCACUCUUUAUUUGUUCUGACUGGCCCAAAUGGCGGUGGUAAAUCUAGUAUGCUUCGAUCAGUUUGUGCAGCUUCAUUGCUUGGAAUAUGUGGCCUUAUGGUGCCUGCUGCUUCAGCUGUAAUCCCACAUUUUGAUUCCAUUAUGUUGCAUAUGAAAGCCUAUGAUAGCCCAGCCGAUGGGAAAAGUUCAUUUCAGAUUGAAAUGUCUGAGAUACGCUCAUUAGUCUGUCGAGCUACUGCUAGGAGUCUUGUUCUGAUUGAUGAAAUAUGUAGGGGCACAGAAACCGCAAAAGGAGCCUGUAUAGCUGGUAGCAUCAUUGAAAGAUUCGAUAAUGUCGGCUGCCUAGGCAUCAUAUCAACUCACCUACAUGGAAUUUUUGACCUGCCUCUCUCACUCAGCAAUACUGAUUUCAAAGCUAUGGGAACUGAAGUGAUCGAUGGGUGCAUUCAUCCAACAUGGAGAUUAAAGGAUGGUAUCUGUAGAGAAAGCCUUGCUUUCCAAACAGCCAGGAGGGAAGGCAUGGCUGACUUGAUAAUUAGAAGGGCCGAGGAGCUAUAUAUGGCUAUGAGCACAAACAACAAGCAAACAGCAUCGGUAGUCCACAACGAGCCUGCUAAUGCCAGCUCCAGUGCAAAUGGCUUGGUUGAGAAGCCUGAUUCUCUGAGAAACGGACUAGAACUUCCAGCUGGUGCCUUUGGACUACUGCAGAAGGAAGUCAAGAGCAUUGUUACCAUGAUAUGCAAGAAGAAACUGUUGGAUCUCUAUAACAAAAGAAGCAUCUCACAACUGGUCGAGGUUGUCUGUGUUGCUGUUGGCACUAGAGAACAACCACCACCUUCAACCGUUGGCAGGUCUAGCAUCUAUGUGAUUAUCAGAAGUGACAACAAGCUGUAUGUUGGACAGACGGAUGAUCUUGUGGGCCGUCUUCAUACUCACAGAUCGAAGGAAGGUAUGCAGAAUGCCACGAUAUUAUAUGUCGUGGUUCCUGGCAAGAGCAUUGCCUGCCAGCUGGAGACUCUUCUCAUAAAUCAGCUUCCUUUGAAAGGUUUCAAGCUCGUCAAUAAGGCUGAUGGAAAGCAUAGGAACUUUGGUAUAUCCCUAAUCUCAGGAGAGGCAAUUGCUGCUCACUGAACUAAUCAACUGAAGAUCUAAUUUCACUGGUGGGUGUGAGCGAGCCUCGAUUUGCAUUCUCAUCUCUUUUGGCUACUUAAAUAGGAGGCAGGAGCUAACUGACACCAUGCCGCCCCAAUUUUGUCCUGAUAGUGAUGCUAGCUUUGUCCAUAGUAGGGGCAUUUUUUUCCAUGUGCAAGGAUUUGCAAUGCAAUAUGACUUUCCUCAAGUAUACUUGAUUUGACACCCAACAGCUGGGUUACUCUUCUAGGGUACAAGAAGUCGAUUCA